CCCCCCUAACAGACAUCACCAACGCCCUCGCCGGAUGGCCAUCGAUUGACAAGUGUCUUUUCGUAUUUCCGCCUGAUGAUGCAGCCUCCCCGGCAGCCUGCCGUCUAGGGGGCACCACCAACACCGACACGGGGAUAGCUGCUUCCUGUCGUAUGGGCGAGGCGUCACCGGCCUUUUCAAAAUUGAUUGUCUUGCCUUUGCCUUACAAGGCCACCAACAACUCGGCCUGGAUCUGGAAAUCCCUUCCUGCUUCGGGGCCAUCUUCCUCCCUUCCAUUGAAGUUUCAAUUGGAUAUCAAUGGGAGAUUGCCCAGCCAAGGCUAUUGUGUUUGGCUGCCUCAAACAUUCAGCAGGGGAAGAGGGGGGCAUCGUGCACCGUUGCUUGGUCUAUCAAAAAGGGAGGGCGUCGGCCGCUCUUCUUCCCGGUCUUGGUUAUGCGACCAAAAGAAAAACAAGGCUUCGGCGCCCGUACUUGCGGCAGUCUUGUUUGCGAGUUGUCCUUUUGCGGCUCGGCAGCCGUGGUAAAUGCAAUCGACCAGCGGCCGUUGGCCCGCCUUGUUUAUUUUCAAAAACAUCAUCCCCCUUUAUUGGCUCCCACUCGCUUGAAGUGUCCUCCUGUCGCACCAACGACGCUCCGGUUGAGGUCACUAUUGAGUUGCCUUUUUUGCAAUAUUGGCACAUUGGACUCCCUUUCCGCACGAGUAAGCACGGCGUGUACCGUAGGCCGAUGCUUUAUGCAUGCCAGGGGGUUUCAUUGCUUUCUUUUCUCGCCUCCAACGCCCCUUGCAUUAAUUAUCACAGAUAUUCACCUCUAUAGGCCCAAGUCGUCAAGGUAAUGCUAUGAUUUGCAGGCAUCAAGGGACGCCGCAGACUUCAGUCCAGCCGCCUCGUAUUUGUCAGACCCCUGAAUAAGGCAGCAGCUCGCAU